AAAAAAAAAAAAAAAAAACUUGAAGCUUGGUGGAUCCACAACUGUACAUUGUUUUGAGUGAUUUUUCCCGCGACUAACGCUACAGAGAACCUCAAUCUUUGCUAUCCUGUUCAUCCCGACCUGAGAUCUUUCCGUAAUUUUUCGGAGCCGUUUGUUCGUCUUACGAUCUAGGUUUUUCACUGGUGGAAAGCUCGUAAUCCGCUCGCAGAUGUGUCAAUCUGAUCAAUUUCCGUCGUAUCUCUGACUUUAUUUCGCGAAUAAAUUGCCUGAAUUGUAAUGGAGUGGACAACGGUGCAGCAUCUGGAUCUCCGGCACGCGGGUCGGAGCUCCAAGCCUUUACAGCCCCACGCCGCUGCAUUCCACCCGACGCAGGCUCUGGUCUCCGCCGCAAUCGGCACUUACAUAAUUGAGUUCGAUGCGUAUACGGGGAGUAAGAUCGCCUCUGUGGAUAUAGGCUCGCCUGUUGUCCGCAUGGCGUACAGUCCCACAGCUGGUCAUUCAUUGAUCGCUAUACUUGAGGUCAGUGCUCUUGGUAUUUCAUAUUUCACUUCAGUUGGCACCUUUUCUAAGAGUCUAAGAGAUUGCACUAUCCGGUCUUGUGACUUUGAUAGUGAACAAACUUGUGUGUUACACUCACCAGAAAAGAGAUCAGAACAGAUAUCUAUUGACACCGAAGUCCAUCUUGCAUUGACUCCUCUUCAGCCUGUUGUAUUUUUUGGUUUCCAUAAAAAGAUGAGCGUAACAGUUGUUGGAACUGUGGUAGGAGGGAAAGCUCCUACUAAAAUAAAGACAGACCUGAAGAAACCUAUAGUUAAUCUCGCUUGCCAUCCUCGCCUUCCUGCCUUGUAUGUGGCUUAUCAAGAUGGUCUGAUAAGAGCUUACAAUAUCCAUACAUAUGCUGUUCACUACACCCUGCAACUUGACAAUACAAUUAAGCUACUGGGUGCUGGUGCAUUUGCAUUCCAUCCAACAUUGGAGUGGAUUUUUGUGGGUGAUAGAAGAGGGAAAUGCACAAACUAUAAAUCUCUUCAAUCUCCUGUGCAGUUCAGCUGUAGUACAGAAACUCUAUUCAUGAUUGUAUUGUCUGUCAACCUCCUAGUAUCAGGAAUUCUGCAAUGCACGCAAGUUGGUUCUCAACCAAUCACAUCAGUUGCUUGGCUGCCGAUGUUGCGGUUGCUAGUCACUUUGUCCAGAGAUGGAAGCAUCCAAGUGUGGAAAACUCGAACGAAUGUGAAUCCGAACAGACCUCCGAUGCAAGCAAAUUUUUUUGAGCCUGCUGCUAUUGAAUCUAUAGACAUCCCUCGCAUUCUAUCUCAGCAAGGUGGAGAAGCUGUAUAUCCUCUCCCUCGAAUAAGAGGUUUAGAAGUGCACCCAAAAUUGAAUCUAGCAACACUACUUUUUGCAAACAUGACUGGUGGAGACAACCGCAAGAACAGAGCUGCAUACACUAGAGAGGGGCGUAAACAACUCUUUGCUGUCUUGCAAAGUGCGAGAGGAUCAUCAGCAUCUGUAUUGAAGGAGAAGCUCGCUGCUCUAGGUUCAUCUGGUAUAUUAGCUGAUCACCAGCUGCAAGCCCAACUGCAAGAGCAUCAUGCAAAAGGAGAGAGUCAGCUUACAAUCUCAGACAUUGCAAGGAAGGCAUUUCUUUACAGUCAUUUCAUGGAAGGCCAUGCAAAGAGUGCUGCAAUAUCUCGUUUACCUCUUAUUACUAUUAUGGAGACAAAACAUCAACUACGAGACUUCCCUAUUUGCCAGCCAAUUCAUCUAGAGCUAAAUUUUUUCAGCAAGGAGAACCGAGUUCUUCAUUAUCCUGUCAGAGCUUUUUAUAUUGAGGGGCCAAACCUGAUGGCUUAUAAUCUCACUUCUGGAAGUGAAAAUAUCUACAAAAAGCUUUACGCUACGAUUCCUGGUAAUGUCGAUGUUCAACCAAAAUACAUUUCCUACAGCAAAAAGCAGCACAUAUUUCUUGUAGCCUAUGAGAUCAGUGUUGGUGGAAACGAGGUGGUAAUGUACUGGGAAAAUACAGAUCCUCAGUUUGCGAAUAGCAAAGUUACCACAGUCAAAGGUUCGGAUGCAGCUUUUGUUGGUCCGACUGAAAAUCAAUUUGUUGUCCUUGAUGACGAUAAGACUGCACUUUCCUUAUAUUUGUUGCCUGGCGCUGCCACGCAAGCACUUGAGAAAAAUGGGUCUUUCAAUGAAAACCAGUCUGUGGAAACUGAAGUUGCGUCUAUUAAGGGUCCUGUGCAGUUUAUGUUUGAAAGCGAAGUGGAUCGUAUCUUUUCUACUCCACUAGAGUCAACUGUAAUGUUUGCUUCUCAUGGAGAUCAGAUUGGUUUUGGGAAACUGAUCACCGGGUACCGUCUUCCUAGUGCUGAUGGGCAUUAUAUCCCUACGAAAGCUGAAGGGCGGAAGUUCAUUAGAUUGAAAGUAAAUGAGACUGUACUUCAGGUACAAUGGCAAGAAACACUCAGGGGCUUUGUUGCUGGUAUACUGACCACACUGCGCGUGCUCAUUGUUACAGCUGAUUUAGACGUGUUGGCUUGUAGUUCUGCCAAAUCCCUGCUGUGGCUUGGGCCAGCUCUUCUUUUUUCCACUUCUACUUCUGUAAAUGUGCUUGGUUGGGAUGGAAAAGUUAGGACCAUACUCUCUACCUUGUUGCUUGGAGCUUUAAAUGAUCGUCUGCUACUUGUAAACACAACUGAGAUAAAUGUCAGACAGAAGAAGAAGUUUGAGAUUAAGAAUUGUCUUGUUGGGCUGCUUGAACCCCUUCUCAUUGGAUUUGCAACAAUGCAGCAACAUUUUGAGCAGAAGCUCGAUCUGUCAGAAGUCCUCUACCAAAUAACAUCAAGGUUUGAUAGUCUGCGAAUUACUCCAAGAUCACUCGAUAUUCUAGCCAGAGGUCCUCCAGUUUGCGGUGAUCUUGCUGUCUCGUUAUCACAGUCGGGCCUGCAAUUCACUCAGGUCUUGAGAGGAAUAUACGCAAUCAAAGCACUCCGUUUUUCCACUGCUUUAUCUGCACUGAAGGACGAGUUUUUGCGGUCGAGAGAUUACCCUCGUUGCCCCCCCACUUCACAUUUGUUCCACCGUUUCCGCCAGUUGGGAUAUGCAUGUAUCAGGUACGGUCAAUUCGACAGUGCAAAAGAGACCUUCGAAGUCAUAGCAGACUAUCAAAGCAUGCUCGACCUCUUCAUCUGCCACCUCAACCCCAGCGCGAUGCGUCAUCUCGCCCAGAAGCUAGAAGACGAGGGGUCUGACCCUGAACUGCGUAGACACUGUGAGCGGAUCCUCCGAGUCCGCUCGACUGGGUGGACCCAGGGAAUCUUUGCCAACUUUGCCGCAGAGAGCAUGGUCCCCAAGGGCCGCGAGUGGGGUGGCGGAAACUGGGAGAUCAAAACCCCAAUGAAUCUCAAGGACAUACCCCAGUGGGCUCUCGCUGCCGAGGUCAUGCCUUACAUGAGAACCGACGACGGCACUAUCCCAUCCAUCGUCACUGACCACAUCGGCGUCUACCUUGGCCUCAUGAAAGGCCGGGGCAAUGUGGUCGAAGUCAGAGAGGACAGCCUAGUGCGAGCCCUGAAAUCCGAUACUGGCACUGGCAUUGGCACCGUCAAAGACAGUGGGGCCCACAUGCCUGCCGUGUCCUCCGAUCCAAAAAUCGGAUCUCUCAUGGGAUUGGAGACACUCUCCUCCCAGCAGUCUACGUCUUCCGACGCACAGGCAAAGGCUGAGGAGGAAUUCAAGAAGUCCCUCUACGGCUCGGCCGGCGGCGGAAGUAGCAGUGAUGAGGAGGAAGGGGGAGGAGCUGCCUCGAAAGCCAAGAAGCUGCACAUACGUAUUCGGGACAAGCCAGCCUCGUCGGCUACUGUGGACGUCAACAAAAUCAAGGAAGCCACGAAGCAGCUUGGUGUUCCCAUGGGUCGGACCAAGUCGCUGACCGGAUCGUCCCCAGAUCUCGGCGGCCUGCUUAUGCCACCACCACAGUCUGCUCCACCAGUUUCCAGUCAGGCAACAUCUGUCCCGGCCGAUCUCUUUGGGACUAGUUCGCUGGUAAUGCCGCCGGCAUUGCCGCCGCCGCCUGCUUCUUCUGGGAGACCUGGUGUUGGGGUUGCCGUGGGGCCUAUACCGGAGGAUUUUUUCCAGAACACGAUCUCGUCCGUUCAGGUUGCAGCAUCGCUGCCGCCAGCGGGGACGGUCUUGUCGAGGUUGGAUCCUAAUGCUCAGAACAAUAUGGUUCCGAAUGCUCAGGCCAGUGUGGCGGGUGUGGGGGCCGAGGUUGGUCUGCCUGAUGGUGGGGUACCCCCCUCCUCUCAGGUGAUGAGUCAACAACAGCAACAGCAGCAAUCUGUUCCAUACAUUGGGCUUCCGGACGGUGGUGUUCCGCCACAAUCGUUGCCUGAAGCUGCUGCUGCCCCGUCUCAGGCUCAGCAGAUCCAGAUGGUGGGAGGGGCCACUGUUUCUAGUCAGCCACUUGAUCUUAGUUCUCUUGAAGGUCCGGGGUCGGAAACAUCUGGAAUAUCUCCUGCGCGUUCGGCUUCUCCUCCGAAAGCUGUGCGUCCUGGCCAGGUACCCCGUGGUGCCGCCGCAGCAGUUUGCUUUAAGACGGGACUCACUCACCUGGAGCAGAAUCAACUCUCAGAUGCGUUAUCGUGUUUUGAUGAGGCUUUCCUAGCGCUGGCCAAGGAUCAAUCACGUGGAGCUGACAUCAAAGCUCAAGCUACUAUUUGUGCCCAGUACAAGAUUGCUGUUACCCUCCUUCAGGAAAUAAACCGACUGCAAAAAGUCCAAGGCCCGAGUGCAAUCAGCGCAAAAGACGAGAUGGCUCGAUUAUCACGCCACCUGGGCUCAUUGCCUCUCCUCGCUAAGCACCGGAUAAAUUGCAUUCGUACUGCCAUCAAGCGAAACAUGGACGUUCAGAAUUUCGCCUACGCGAAACAGAUGCUCGAGUUACUGCUAUCCAAAGCGCCGUCUGGCAAGCAAGACGAGUUGAGAAGCCUGAUUGACAUGUGUGUCCAAAGGGGUUUGACCAACAAAUCCAUUGACCCACUCGAAGAUCCUUCACAAUUCUGUGCUGCUACACUUAGCCGUCUAUCGACCAUCGGUUAUGAUGUGUGUGACCUUUGUGGGGCCAAAUUUUCUGCUCUAUCUGCUCCUGGUUGUAUUAUUUGUGGCAUGGGGAGCAUUAAAAGAUCCGAUGCCAUUGCUGGACCCGUUCCUUCACCUUUUGGCUGAGGGGUUGAUUAUAGAAUAUCACACACUUAUAAACAAGGAUGGAAAAUUCUGGUGAGAGUACGUGAAGGACUCACAAUUUAUUCUUUUUUGUCUUUUUUAUUGUGCCCCUAUUUUUGUGUGUAAAUUGUAGUGUGUUGUAUUACUGCUCUCUUGUUUAUACAACGGAAUGCUCCCGUUCUUUUGUGCUUCUGUU